CAGUCACGGUUUGUCACAUUCUCUGGCAGAUAGUCUAGCUACGGUCGGAAAGCAGCGGGCAAGCAGUAUACGGAUUACGGUAUACUUUGGAGAAUAUAACAGAUUCGUUCAGCCGCCGUGCGACCAGCCUGUUUCGGGAGUCAGCAUGUCCAGUGAGGUGCAGCCGAGGCCGGAUGACAGCCCCAAUACCAGUGGGGGCAGCUCGGAUGCGGAGCAGAGGGAAGUGGCCCCUCCGGAGCAGCAGGGCCCGGAGCAGCGGGACCAGACGCAGCCCAAGAAGAAAGAGGCCAAGAUAUCCAGCAAGACCGCUGCCAAGCUUUCUACCAGUGCCAAGAGAAUCCAGAAAGAGUUAGCAGAGAUAACCUUGGACCCACCGCCAAAUUGCAGUGCCGGUCCUAAAGGAGACAACAUCUAUGAGUGGAGGUCGACCAUCCUGGGCCCUCCAGGCUCUGUGUACGAGGGAGGAGUGUUCUUCCUGGACAUCGCCUUCACACCAGACUACCCCUUCAAACCACCCAAGGUGACAUUUCGUACGAGGAUCUACCACUGUAACAUCAACAGUCAGGGGGUGAUCUGUCUGGACAUCCUGAAGGACAACUGGAGUCCUGCCCUCACCAUCUCCAAGGUCCUGCUGUCCAUCUGCUCCCUGCUCACCGACUGCAACCCUGCCGACCCGCUGGUUGGAAGCAUCGCCACACAGUACCUGACCAACAGAGCCGAGCACGACAGGAUAGCCAAACAGUGGACCAAGCGCUACGCCACAUAGACAACCACAGCUUCGACAGGACCCCCGAGGACCCCCCACCCAGCCCUGCCACUCCCCAACACACACACACACACACACACACACAUACGUUUUACACACCCCCUCCAGAAUCUAUGGAAGCACACCCAGACCUUGAACCCCCUCCCUUCCCCCCUGACCCUUUCAUCCCACACGCCCCCCCCACCCUCUGAGAAACGAACUGUUAUUUGUUCCAUGCUGACUUGAAAAGCUUCUUUUUUAUACAAAGAGUCUAUUGGGAUUGUAUUUUCCAAUACACUGAAUGUUGAUAUGGUCAUGAAAAGCUUUAAUACUGUUAUUGUUGUCGUCCAUGUUGUUGUUCUUAUUGUUAAUUGCAUUGUUUAUAACAUUGUCACCCCCCCCUCCAACCUCCCCCCCACACACACCACCACCGCCGCCCCCCCAUCAUCUUGAUCUUAAAAGUGCGCGUGUACUAUUCCCGUCUCAUGUGAUGGUUUCAUGAAAAAAUGCGUUCAUCAUAGCGAGCGAGCGCAUUUUAUCUAUUUUUUUUUUGUUUCGUUUUUGUUUUUCAGCUCAUUUUCAAUAUUAGUGCAUGGCAUCAGGAUAUGUGUUCAUGCAGUGGACAUUUAAACAUGUUAUUGUUUCUGUUUUGGAGAGUUUUGGCGUCGAGUGUGACCCCUAUAGGACGAGACCCGGGCCUGCCCAUCACCACGUAUGACGAUAGCCGUAGUUAGCUGUACAUUUGCCUUGUGAGAAUACAUACUCAUUGAAUACUCAAUUAAACACUGGUUGUAAUGUGA